AAAACGUGUCGGCGUUAGGACCCUGCAGAUGAGGGCUUCCCGCCUCCGCAUGCAUUGAUUUGGACAUCUUGACGGCCGCGUCAGAGGAGCAGGAGGAGGCGGAUGGAGACGCUUCUUUCUCCCUAAAAGUUGUCAUUCUUGUCGGCAAGAGCACGACAAUGUCCACCCCACACCGCUAACUUUGUGCCGUGUGCCAAUAAAGUGUCAAAAUGUCGCUGAGCCGGAACAUUGAACUGCAACACUUCCAGGAGCGGGAGAAGCCUCCCCGGACGCCGAGGAGCGGCUCGUCGGGCUCCCACGGCGGCUCCAGGCUCCCCGGCCUGACGCCCAGCCCGGCGCACAGUGCGCACUGCAGCUUCCUCCGCACACGGACCCUGCAGGCGCUCACCUCCGAGAAGAAGGCGAGGAAAGUCCGCUUCUACCGCAAUGGCGACAAGUACUUCAAGGGUCUGGUCUACGCCGUGUCCCAAGACCGCUUCCGCUCCAUGGACGCCCUGCUCAUGGAGCUCACGCGCUCCCUGUCGGACAACGUCAACCUGCCGCAGGGGGUUCGAACCUUGUACACCCUGGACGGGGGCCGGAAGGUCUGCAGCCUGGACGAGAUAGUGGAGGGCGAAAGCUACGUGUGCGCCUCCAACGAGCCCUUCAGACGCGUGGACUACGCAAGGAACGUCAACCCCAACUGGUCGGUGGGUAGCAAGACGGGCACGUCGCGCUCCCUCUCCUCACUCAUCCCGUCCAAGAGCGAGUAUCAUCAUCCUCUUCAUCAUCAUCAUCAGCAGCAGCCGCAGCAUCGCGAGCCCAAAGACUUUGUCAAACCCAAACUGGUCACCGUCAUCCGCAGCGGCGUCAAACCUCGCAAAGCCGUGCGCGUGCUGCUCAACAAAAAAACGGCGCACUCCUUGGAGCAGGUGCUGACCGACAUCACCGACGCCAUCAAGCUGGACUCCGGAGCGGUCAAGAAAUUGUACACGCUUCAAGGCAAGCAGAUCACAUGCCUGCAGGAUUUCUUCGGCGACGACGACGUGUUCAUCGCGUGCGGCCCAGAGAAGUAUCGCUACGCCCACGAUGACUUUGUGUUGGAGCACAGUGGUAAGGCUUCCACAGCCUUUAUGACUGAGUGUAAAGUGCUGAAGUCGUCUUACAGUUGCUCCCUUACUCCCAAACGGACGACGAAAAGUCCUGGACCUUCACGACGCAGCAAGUCUCCUGCUGCAGGGAGGCGUACAGUUCACUACUCCACAAGUCCUUCUCCGGCCAAAUCCCCAGUAAAUGGUUUCGGUCAUACUUCCACAGCAAAGUCCACCAAAUCAUCCACACCCUCCCCCAGCAGCCCUCAAAGCCUCUCCUAUUCCAAGAUGGCUCCCUGUCAUCACGUCUCCAAUUCAAACAUCAACGGUUCACUGAACAACCAGGGGGAGACCGAGGCUGCUCGGGCAUUUGGUGGGUGUGGCACCGAAUGGAGAUGUUCUCUACAAACUGUGGAAGGGGCGUGGCCUGCGGGCCUGCAGCAGAGCGGGAUUUCGUCUGGACCGGCCUCGAAAUCAGCGACAGUCAACGGUAACCAUAGCAACGGCCUGUCCGCCACUGUCCUGGACAAGUACGCCAUCGGCAAAGUUAUCGGCGACGGCAACUUUGCUGUGGUGAAGGAGUGCGUGGAGAGGUCCACGGGGAAAGAGUUUGCCCUGAAGAUCAUCGACAAGGCCAAGUGCAGCGGCAAGGAGCACCUGAUCGAGAACGAGGUGGCCGUGCUGCGGCGCGUGAAGCACCCCAACAUCGUCAUGCUGGUGGAGGAGCUGGACACGCCCACUGACCUCUGUCUCGUCAUGGAGCUCGUCAAGGGCGGCGACCUAUUCGACGCCAUCACGUCGUCGGCCAAGUACACGGAGAGAAGCGCCAGCGUCAUGGUGUGCAACCUGGCCGCCGCCCUCAAGUACCUGCACGACAUGAACGUGGUGCACAGAGACGUCAAGCCGGAAAACCUGCUGGUGUCGGAGUAUCCCGAUGGCACCAAGUCUCUCAAACUGGGGGACUUCGGUCUCGCUACCGUUGUGGAAGGUCCUCUGUAUACCGUGUGUGGGACGCCAACGUACGUGGCGCCGGAAAUCAUCGCGGAAUCUGGGUACGGUGUAAAAGUGGACAUCUGGGCUGCGGGUGUCAUCGCUUACAUCCUCCUGUGUGGGUUCCCUCCUUUCAGAAGUGAGAGCAACCAGCAGGAGGAGCUCUUUGAGCAGAUUCUCCUGGGACGACUGGACUACCCCAGUCCUUACUGGGACAACAUCAGCGACUCGGCCAAGGAGCUGAUCGGGAAGAUGCUGCAGGUGAACAUGGGCGCUCGUUACACGGCGCAGGACGUCCUCGCCCACCCUUGGGUCACGGACGACGUGCUGGCGGAGAACAACAUGAAGGCGGAAGUGACGGGUAAACUGAGGACGCACUUCCACUCGGCGCCCAGGCAGGGCAACGCGGCGGCGGUCUCCGUUAUCGUGAAUACGGCGCUGGAUAAGGAGAGCCUCCAGCUGCACCUGUCGGGACCUCAGAGGUCACAUGACCCCACCGUCACCCCAACCAAAUGUGAGGAAUGUUCUCCAACACACGCGCCGACAGCGACAGAUGUUGGAACGGCGCCCCCCAGUGGUAGCGACGUGUCGCCCUCGGUCUCCACUCCCUCGCCCUCGUCUCCCGACGGGCCUCCUCCCGUCAGACAUGUCGUCUUCCUGCCCCUCGCCUUCCCCGACCAGCGAGCGGCGACCUCGCAGCCCGCCCUCUUCCCGUCUCCUCCCUCCACCCCGCCCACCUCCGCCUCGCCCCCGUCACCCGGCUUUCAGGCCCUCGGUGAGCGAGUCGCCACGGAGCUCGUGGAAGGACUUUAGGAUGUUGUAAAACAUGGAGACUAUUCGUUUUUAUUUAUUGAGGAAGACUCGAGAAGGAUGGACUCUUGCCUAAUGCAGCGUUCCCAUUAUGUGAAGUAUUAUUAUUACUACUGUAGUAUUACUAUGAAGUACAAUACACUGCAAUAUUUUAGCUUUUGCUUAGUCCUCCGUACAGCAAAGUAGUUUGUAUGCAGAUUGGGGAUAGAAGUCAACACCCCCGUGACACCGUGGCUAGAAAUAAAAAUGAAAUAAAAGUUAAUUAAAAACUG